CGGGGCCCGGGCCAACCCAGCCCCCUCCAGCGAGGCCAGAGCCGGGCGCAGGGGGCAGCAUGGAAGCGAUCUGGCUCUAUCAGUUCCGCCUGAUCGUCAUCGGGGACUCCACCGUGGGCAAAUCCUGCCUGAUCCGCCGCUUCACCGAGGGGCGCUUCGCCCAGGUCUCGGACCCCACGGUGGGCGUGGAUUUCUUCUCCCGGCUGGUGGAGAUUGAGCCGGGGAAACGGAUCAAGCUGCAGAUUUGGGACACGGCCGGGCAGGAGCGAUUCAGAUCAAUCACCAGAGCCUACUACAGAAACUCGGUAGGCGGGCUCCUCUUAUUUGACAUUACAAACCGCAGGUCCUUCCAGAACGUCCACGAGUGGCUAGAAGAGACAAAGGUGCAUGCCCAGCCAUACCAGAUUGUCUUUGUUUUGGUAGGUCACAAAUGCGACCUUGACACACAGCGGCAAGUCACUAGACACGAGGCUGAGAAACUGGCUGCUGCAUAUGGUAUGAAGUACAUUGAGACAUCAGCUCGGGAUGCUAUUAAUGUGGAGAAGGCCUUCACUGACCUGACUCGAGAUAUAUAUGAGCUUGUUAAAAGGGGGGAAAUUUCGAUCCAGGAGGGCUGGGAAGGGGUAAAGAGUGGGUUUGUACCAAACGUAGUGCAUUCUUCAGAAGAAGUGGUGAAAUCAGAUAGGAGAUGCUUGUGCUAAUCACUUCUAAUGAAAAAAGCUAUAAUGAACUCUACUAAUCAAACAUACUCCACUAAGUGAACUCAGUGUGACAGAAAGGGACUGUAACACUAGCAUGGUGAAUGGCCUCACACAUUAUUAUGGACACCAGAGGAACAAAACCAGGAAAAAAUGGUCAGUUCCAAAUACUCUUUCAGGAUUGGGAGGUGGCGGGGCUACAGACCUAUGUGAGAAUGAAUGACGGUGCAUGUUUUUGUGGUAGGAGACUGGAGGCAUAAGAGCAAGAGAGGAUCUGACUGAGCUGGUGCAGAACAGGGAAUUUUCCAUGUACUGUUUUUGUAUGCCAUGUGCUGAAGCCACUCUAUGAAUAGUCUAUUAAAACGACACACAGGAAGGGAGAGAGAAAAUCUUGGUUUGCAUCCAUUUAUUUCCAGGAAGAUUAGAAUAUAGUGCAGUUGCCAUUCAUGAAUGUUACUUCCAGGCUUAACUCAAAAGAAAAUAUUUUACAGAUGUGGCACACACGCUUUUGGGGCUUCAUGUUCUUGUAACUUGUUAAAACAUGGACAAAGACUAUAUAAGGUACUUUAAAAGGAAAAUAACAGUUAUGGUAUUGAUAAUUAAAACUUAACUAUCAUCAUCUCCCUGGAGAGGAGACUAACGGAGAUUUAAGUGCUAAGUCCAGCAAGGCAGCUCCAAUUAUAAUUAUUGGAUGGAUUUAUAAAUACUUAUCUAUCUACAUGACUGUAGUAGAAGUACCUCAACUAUGCAGAUUUCCAAUAUAAUUAACAGAUUAGGAGCAUUAAGCUUUUUAAGUGUAUCCUCACAUCCAGUAUCUCUCAGAUGGGUCAUGGCAGUCAAUGAAUGGAGAAUGCAGGUAUUUGUGUCUUACUGUCAGAAGUAGGGUGAAUGAUUGGCAGUGUUUCACUGUAAACUUACAUUGCUCCUUGGGAAAAAAGGAAAGAACAAAAGAAAAUUAACAAAGAUUUACAUCAAGAGCAUCAUACAUGCCUGAAAGUGCUGUUUUCUUUUAAAG